AUAUCAACAGUGAGGACAAACCCAGCCUGCCUCUCUCCUUCCACAGGGAGUCCAAACCUACAGUCACUGGGUCCUGAUUGUGACAGUGGAGCCCAGUUUGCACUGCAGGAUCCAGAGAUGGCAUCAGUGAAGCUGGAAGACUGCAGUCAAACACUGGAGCUGAAUGCCAACAUUAAAGAUGAAGAAGAGGAGGAGAAGAUUGGGAAAUCUGUUUCUCAUGGGAGUCCAAACCUACAGUCACUGGGUCCUGAUUGUGACAGUGGAGCCCAGUUUGCACAGCAAGAUCCAGAGAUGGCAUCAGUGAAGCUGGAAGACUGCAGUCAAACACUGGAGCUGAAUGUAAACAUUAAAGAUGAAGAGGAGGAGAAGAUUGGGAAAUCUGUUUCUCAUGAGCCUACUGGUAUGAAUAUGUCACCCGGAGAUCAUGUUGAGACAUUCUCUACAUCCAGAGAUCAACAGCAGGAACAUCACAGAGCUAAGAGGUCUCACCCCUGCCCACAUUGUGAGGAGAUUUUCCCAAUUCUAUCAAAGCUAAAAAUACACCUAAGAAUACACACAGGAGAGAAUCCGUAUUCCUGUACUGACUGUGGAAAGAAUUUCACAACAUCAAAGGCUAUAACAGUUCAUCAGAGAGUACACACGGGAGAGAAGCCUUACUCCUGCUCUGACUGUGGAAAUAGUUUCUCUCGACGGGGCGACCUAAAAACACACGAACGUAUACAUACAGGAGAGAAGCCUUACUCCUGCUCUAAUUGUGUAAAGUGCUACACAACAUCAGGUGAGCUAAAAGUUCAUCAGAGAACACACACAGGAGAGAAGCCAUACUCCUGCGCUGACUGUAGGGCGAGGUUCUCUCAACUGAGUCACCUAAAACAGCAUGAACGUACACACACAGGAGAGAAGCCUUACUCCUGCUCUGACUGUGUAAAAUGCUUCACAACAUCAGGUGAGCUAAAAGUUCAUCAGAGAACACACACAGGAGAGAAGCCUUACUUCUGCUCUGACUGUAGGGCGAGUUUCUCUCAACUGGGAAACUUAAAACAACAUGAACGUGUACACACAGGAGAGAAGCCUUACUGCUGCUCUGAUUGUGGAAAGAGUUUUUCUCGACGGGGCCACUUUAAAACACAUGAGCAUAUACAUACAGGAGAUAAGCCUUACUCCUGCUCUGAAUGUGGAAAAAGUUUUUCUCGACUGGGCGAUCUAAAAAUACAUGAACGUAUACAUACAGGAGAGAAGCCUUACUCCUGCUUUAAUUGUGUUAAAUGCUUCACAACAUCAGGCGAGCUAAAAGUUCAUCAGAGAACACACACAGGAGAGAAGCCAUACUCCUGCUCUGACUGUAGGGCGAGUUUCUCUCAACUGAGCCACCUAAAACAGCAUGAACGUAUACACACAGGAGCGAAGCCUUACUCCUGCUCUGACUGUAGGAAGAGUUUCUCUCAAUCGAGCCACCUAAAACAGCAUGAACGUAUACACACAGGAGAGAAGUCGUACUCCUGCUCUGAUUGUGGAAAAUGCUUCACAACAUCAUCUGAGCUUAAAGUUCAUCAGAGAACACACACAGGAGAGAAGCCUUACUCCUGCUCUGACUGUGGGGUGAGUUUCUCUCAACUGGGAAACUUAAAACAACACGAACGUAUACACACAGGAGAGAAGCCUUACUCCUGCUCUGACUGUGGGGUGAGUUUCUCGCAACCGUGCAACCUAAAAAAUCAUAAACGUAUACACACAGGAGAGAAGCCUUACUCCUGCUCUGACUGUAGAAAGAGUUUCUCUCAACUGGGCCACUUAAAAAGACACCAAGUUAUACAUAAAGGAGAGUAGCCUUACUAUUGCACUGACUGUGGAAACGGUUUUAAAUCAUCAGCUGAACUAAACAUCAUCAGCUGAACUAAACGUCAUCAGAGAACACACACGGGAGAGAAGCCUUUCUUCUGCUCUUACUGUGCAAGAGCUUCUCCCGAUUGGGCAAUGUAAAAACACACCAACGGCUACACACUUGAGAGAAGCCUCAUCAGUUCUCUCAGACCAGCUAAGAUUAGUCACUCCACUUAAUUCUUCUCAUAAAAUAAUUGGCAACGUUGAAUUGGAUCAAAUGAAGAACGUGUAGACCACUAUUAGUCCUAUUGUUUCUCACUGUGAGAGAACAAUGCAGAGAACAGGGAGCGUUAUAGAAUGAUCAGUGUGCAUCUUGUCAGUUUUGCUGUGUUCUUUUUAGCUUCUACUGUUUUUUUCUUCACAUUUUCAAACAGCCAUUUACAUUUUCAAAUACAGGUAGCCUAGUCAAAUACUUAACAUCCAAUCACGUUAACUGUUACUCUCUCGUGGGAAUUCCACUAACGGGCUGUAUGUAGCUAAACGUAGCUGCUGCUCAUUCCUUUUGCUCGAAAAUUGAUUAAUGGUUAAAAAAAGUAAGGCUUGCGUCCAGAGACACAUACCAGCUCUACUGGUAGUACUGCUACUACCAGCAGCACUGCACCUGUCAAUGACACAAGUUGUUCUGCUUCCACGAGCACAUCCAAUGCUAGCAUCAGUAAUUCUAUGUUUGUUGUAAGCCCAGCUAGCAUGGACACUGACAGUUGUGAAUCUGAUGCAGCCGAAGAGCUACUGCUCCUUUACCUGGGAAAGCACUGAACAACAGACAGGGAGGUUGGACCUUCGAAGAGGUGCAAAUAUGAGAACUACAUUGAUUUGGGGUUCACUUAUAUUGGGAAUAGUGCCUUUCCUCAGCCACAGUGUGUUACAUCUCACAACUCGAUGAAUCCUUCACUCUUGCGCAAACAUUUAGAAAAAAAACAUGCCAAUUUGAAAAAUAAGCCACUGGAGUUUUUUGAGCGAGAAUUAAGACUACUUUCGAGUAGUAAGACAUCUACAAAAGCAACAGAUGCCAUUAAUAAGAAGGGGCUAGAAGCAUCUUAUACGGUGAGCUACCGAGUGGCUAGAACAGGCAGGCACCAUACUAUUGUGGAGGACUUCAUUCUUCCUGCCUCUGCGGAUAUGGCCGGGGCAAAGGCCAAACUAACGAUACCGUUUCACGACGCAUCGGUGACAUGGCAAGAGAUGUUUUGAUACAAUUACUGCUUCGCAUAUACAAGCCAGUGAAUUCUAUGCAUUACAGCUGGAUGAGUCAACAGACGUGGCGGGCCUGGCACAGCUCCUGGUAUAUGUCCGUUACUUUUUUGGGGGGUCAAUUAAGGAAGACAUCCUCUUCUGCAAACCAGGACAACCGGAGAUGGUAUUUUUAAAGUACUGGACAGCUUUGUGACAUCAAAUGGACUUUGGUGGUCAAGAUGUGUUGGUAUCUGUACUGAUGGCGCAAAAGCCAUGACAGGGAGACAUAGUGGAGUGGUAACGCUGCUGCAAGCAGUUGCUCCUGACGCUACUUGGGUACACUGCAGCAUCCACCGAGAGGCUCUUGCUACCAAGGGGAUGCCUGACAGCUUGAAAGAUGUUUUGGACACUACAGUGAAAAUGGUUAACUUUGUUAAAGCAAGGCCCCUGAACUCUCGUGCAUUUUCUGCACUGUGCAAUGAUAUGGGCAGCGACAUACAGUGUGCUGGUUAUCAAGGGGCAAAGUAUUGACACGUUUUUUUGAAUUGAGAGACGUGCUUAAAGUUUUUUUUUACUGACCAUAAUUUUCACUUGUCUGACUGCUUGCAUGAUGAGUUCCUCACACGACUGGCCUAUCUGGGUGAUGUUUUUUCUCGCCUGAAUGAGCUGAAUCUAGAAUUACUGGGACUCUCCGCAGCAAUAUUCAAUGUGCGGUACAAAAUUGAGGCUAUGAUUUAAGAAGUUAGAGCUCUUCUCUGUCUGCAUUAACAAGGACAACACACGGGUCUUUCCAUCAUUGUAUGAUUUUUUUGGGUGUGAUAAUGACCCUAAGCUUAUGGACAAUGUCAGAUGUGAUUUUGCCAAGCACCUAUGUGAGUCGGAUGCGCAAUUACACAGGUACUUUCCCGAAACGGAUGACACAAACAGCUGGAUUCGUUAUCCCUUUCAUGCCCUGCCUCCAGUCCACUUACCGAUAUCUGAUCAGGAGAGCUUCAUCAAAAUUGCAAAAAGCAGAUCUGUGGAAAUGGAAUUUAAUCAGAAGCCACUGCCAGAUUUCUGGAUUGGGCUGCGCUCAGAGUAUCCUGCCUUGGCAAAUUGCGCUGUUAAGACACUGAUGCCCUUUGCAACCAAGUACUUAUGUGUGAGUGAAUUCUCGACCCUUACUAGCAUAAAAACUAAAUACAGGUACAGACUGUGUGUGGAAAAUGAUUUAAGACUGAGACUCUCCAAUACAAACCAACAUUGCUAUGUGCGUCCUCUCAAGCACACCCUUCUUAUUAACCUGUGGUGAGUUAUUCAUUAACCUUUUCAAUUAACAAGUAAGGUUUUAUAUGUAAAAUGGUUAAAUAAAGAGCAAAAUGUAAUAUUA